GGUUCACAGUCUGAUGGUUGUAUUUAUAUUUUGAAUGGUCCAGCUUCUGAAGUAUCACAAUGGCACUCGAUGAUCAAGAAGUUGGAUAUUCUUCAAGCUAUUGCCGUUCAAAUAGAAGACACAAGUAUGAUGUGUUUUUAAGUUUUCGAGGAGAAGACACCCGUAAGAAUUUUGCAGACCACUUAUAUGCUGCUUUGUGUCACAAUGGACUGAUAACCUUUAGAGAUGAGGAAGAACUUGGGAGGGGAGAAAUUAUCAAACCAAGUUUGCUUCAAGCAAUUGAAGAAUCUUUGUCAGCAAUUAUUGUUCUCUCUGAAAACUAUGCUGCAUCCACAUGGUGCUUAGAUGAACUCCUAAAAAUCCUUCAUUGUAAGAAAGAGUUAGGCCUUCAUAUAUUUCCAAUCUUUUAUGGCAUAGAUCCGUCUGAUGUUCGGCAUCAGAAAGGAAGUUUUGCAACAGCCUUUGAAAAGCUUGAACAGAAAUUUGCACAUGACAAAGUGAAGAAUUAUCAUGACUUUGGGCUACGCUUAAUAUUAAUGUUAUUAUUCUGUUAUCUUUUUAGGUAUGAAACGAAACUCAUUGAAAUAGUUACUGAAAAUGUGAGGUCAAGAAUAGUUGAUCACCCACAAUUCGAUUCAAAUGAUGAAGGUGUUGAUGAUGGACUUGUUGGAAUUGAUGAGAAAAUAGCAGAUUUUGAUUCAUUUCUAGCGAAUAAAUCGGAGGAAGUUCAAUUUGUAGGAAUAUGGGGAAUGGGAGGGUUAGGCAAAACUACUCUUGCUAGAAUUGUUUAUGAGAGGAUACACAGAAACUAUGAAGUUCAUUUAUUUCUUCAUAAUGUUAGAGAGGAAUCUGUAAAAGAUGGUGGUUUAAUUUCACUGCAACAAAAACUUCUUUCCCGUUUGAAAAAAUCAAUCAGAAUGGAAGUGUGUGACUGUUAUGAAGGAAGAAAGCUGAUAAGAAGAAUGUUAUGCAGUAAAAAAGUUCUACUUGUCCUUGAUGAUGUGAGUGACAUAAGCCAACUUGAGAAUUUGGCGGGAAAGGAAGGAUGGUUUGGCAAAGGGAGUAGAAUAAUAAUAACAACUAGAGAUCAACAUGUGUUAUUGUUGCAUGGUGUAGUUUCUCAGUAUGAAAUGAAUUUCUUAAGUCACGAUGAAUCCCUUCAACUUUUUAUUCAAAUAGCUUUCAAAGGAGAUCAGCCAAAUGAAGAUUAUUUGGAGCUUUCUAGAAGGGCGAUUAAUUCUGCUCAAAACCUUCCUUUGGCAAUCAAAGUGCUUGGUUCAUUUCUUUGUGGAAGAAGCAUACCAGAAUGGGAGAAUGCACUCAAGAAGAUUCCUUUAGAUGGCCUUUUUGAUAUACUUAAAGUGAGCUUUGAUGGACUGCGAUCUAAUGAGAAGAAUAUAUUCUUAGAUAUUGCUUGCUUUUUCAAUGGCUUGCGCAAGGAUGAUGUCAUACAGAUUUUAGAAAAUAGUGGUCUUGACCCGGUAAUCGGACUAAGAACUCUUAUUCAGAAAUCAUUGGUAACUGAAGCUGAAGGGUGCUUGAGGGUGCAUGAUAGGCUUCAAGAAAUGGGCAAGGAAAUUGUUUUUCGCGAAUCACCCAAUGAUGCUGGCAAUCGUAGUAGGAUAUGGUCCUUGGAGGAUGCUAGUCUUGUGCUUAGAAAUAUGAGGGUAACACUCUCCCCCUUUUCUAUGAUUAUGCAUUCUUACUUCAGCAAUAUAUUCCAUGCAUUUUUCAUGUUAUUAUUAGUUGGAACUGAAGCAAUACGUGGUAUAGUGGUACAAUUUGACAAACCAGAUGUCAUAUAUUUGGAACCUAAAGCCUUCUCAAAUAUGAGUAAUCUCAAGUUACUUAUCAUAUCACAUUCUUCACAUGACCAAUUGAAUCUUCUUCAUGGACUUAACUGUCUUCCCAAUUCACUGAAAGUCAUAGAUUGGAAGGAGUAUCCUUUAGAUUCCCUUCCAGGUCAAACUCAAUUUGAUGAACUUGUUGAUCUCAAAAUGCAACACAGCAAAUUAAAGGAACUUUGGAGAGGAGAUCAGUUUCCACAAAGUCUAAAGUUCAUUGAUUUGAGUCAUUCAACAAACCUGAUGAGAACAUCAAAUUUUGAUAGAACUCCUAAUCUUCAAAGAUUAAUUCUUGAAGGGUGUACAAAGCUUGUUGAAGUUCACUACUCUCUCGGGCAACACAAGAAUCUUGUCAUUGUUAAUUUUAAAGGUUGCAAAAGUAUUAAAAACCUUCCAACCAAAUUGGAGAUGAAUUGCUUAGAGACAUUUAUUCUCUCUGGUUGUUCAAAAGUUAAAAGGCUUCCUGAGUUUGGUAAAGGUAUGACAUGUUUAUCAGAGCUUAAUCUAAAAGGGACUGCUAUAUCCAAACUACCUCAAUCAUUGGUCAAUUUGACUGGUCUUGCUAUAUUAAAUUUAGAGUAUUGCAAAAACCUGGUAUGUCUUCCAAGUGAUUUUAAAAAAUUGAAAGCUAUAAAGAAGAUCAAUGUUCGUGGUUGCUCAAAGUUGUCAAGGCUUCCAGAGAAUUUGAAUGAAAAUGAGGCAUUGGAGGAGCUUGAUGUGGCUGGAACUGCUCUAAAAGAAGUGCCUUCGUCCCUCAAUAAUUUGAAAGUAUUAUGUCUUAGUGCAUGCAAUGCUUCUGCACAAUCAUCCUCAUGGAAUCACUACUCUCUUCUCAAGCGGGCAUUUAGGCUUCAAAGGCCUUCAAGUUCAACUAAGUUUUUGUGGUCUCCAUAUUUUUCAAAUCUAUCAUCUUUGGUCCAGUUACAUUUAAAUUAUUGCAAUCUUGAUGAUGAAUCACUAUUCAGUGAAAUAGGCAAUUUAUCAUCAUUGACAACAUUAGGUUUGGGUGGAAAUAAUUUUGUUGAAAUUCCUUUGAGCUUCAUUUCCAAACUUCGAAAGCUUGAAUUUAUUUAUUUGAAUGAUUGCCCAAGGCUUCGGUCUUUGCCUCAACUUCCAGCAAACCUGUCAGUGAUAGAUGCUAGUGAUUGUCCAUUAUUGAAAAAUUAUGUGUGUUCACAACAACUAUGGGAAUUCACUGAGGAAUUUGAAUAUCAGACUCCAUGCCGAUAUGAAUUCUCAUUAGAAGAUGGAUAUAAAUUUUACACUUUCAGUGACAUGAUGUCUGGAAUUGUGAGUUGGAACAAUUCACAAGUUGAUGACUUCUUCCUGCAACCGACUCGCAUAUUAACUAUUCCUGGUAGUGAAGUGCCAUCAUGGUUUCACAAU